AUGUCCUCGUCAACAGUGCCUCCCGAUAUACUCGAAAUCUUGCCCAAUACGGAUCUCCCAACAGCAGUCGCAUUUAUCACGACAGUUCGGCCAUACGUUGAGCCGUACGUCGAGCCGUUGUUGUGGCGAGGUGUUUCGUGGGUUCUGGGCGACGCUGAACGACCGAGUGACGCUGUACGGGAAGUUGACAAGUGGAAAGAGCAAGAGGCUGAGAGGGAGAGAAGUGUUAUGCAGGGGUUAGGUCCUUAUAUCUACCAUGAGCGGCAAGAGCCAGGGAGUAUGAUGUGGGCAGCAUGCAUUGAAUUCAAAGGAAAUUAUUUCACGCCUCCCGACCUAGCUCAAAUCGCACACGAACUGGACCAACUCGAACAAGGCGUACAACAAUCCCGUGAUGGAAGGAGCACAAAUAUGGACGAUACCGGCUACUUCUCAGUUCAAGUCCUUGAGAAUGCUUUAAAGAACGCUUUCGGGUUAACACUUAUUCGAUGGAGGAGCGAAGAAAUGAGGCCUUAUCAGGCUGUGCCCGACACACAAUUAGCGUUUGUCCUCAACCUCGAGCAACACUGGUUCACAAUCCGGCGCUUUGGCCAUCCGAGGCGAAAAGGACACUGGUUUAAUCUCAAUUCGUUCCUUGAAUCUCCUGAAUGGGUAGGGAACACAUAUCUGGGCAUGGUACUUCAGCAGGCUGAGCGAGAAGGCUACUCGGUAUUCGUUGUCCGCCCACUGGAUUCCUCAAACCCCGAACACAUGCUGCCCGAAACCGAAGCAGACCUGCUCGCGGAAACACUCGACCCUGGAGACUUUGAAGGCCAAGUCCAACGGAUCUCGACUACUCGCACUCAGCCCACAUCCAGCUCCUCCAAUGCGAUUGAAGUGGCGUCCAGUUCCGCCACAACAGGGUUCGAGAAUGAAGACAUGGAGCUUCAGCGCGCGUUACAGGCUAGUAUAGCAGCCGGAUACGGUGGAGGAUCAAUAUACGAAUUUCCAGACCAACCACCAGCUACGGCCUCCGCCUCGGUCCCGCGGUCUUCUUCCCUGGGUCUCGGAUACGGGGGCGACGCAAGUAGAUCUAGCGGUCCACCAUCUCGUCGGACUCCUGUUCCGGCCGCAGACGAUCCACCUAGCCCCCAAUUCGACGCUAACGAUCCGGUAGCUGCGUCUGCUGCGCGCGCCCGACUCCGGCUGGAGCAGAUGCAGAGGGAGCAGACGGCCGCGCUGCAGGGUCUUGGUGGAGGGUACGAGACUGUUGAGCUAGACCCUGCUGCUGCGGCUCGGAGAAGAGAGGCGCAGGACAGAGUACGAAGGGCUCGUGAAGAGGUUCGAGGAAGAACAAGUCCGACGGGCGAUGGAAGAAGUCUUCGAUCACACGGACAGGGCGCGGGAGAUGAAGACUUGUCGCAGUAUAGCACUCCGCCCUCGAUGCCCGGUGGGUUUGGGGCGACGGGGAGUAGGAAUUACGACGAUGAGGAUGAGCAACUUCAGGCUGCGCUCAAGGCGAGCUUGGAAACGCAUGCUGCCUCGGGUGCGCCUCCUGUUUCUGUUGCGCCACAAAGCGUGCCAGCUCCGCGCCCUCCAGUCCCGGCUUCAGUUCCAGCUCCAGCUCCAGCUCCGGCUGCACCACAACCGCCUAGUGCUCGUGCAGGUGCUAGUACCGGCGUGCUACCACCUAGCACCGCAUCAACUUCUUCGGCGCCCACAACCAAGCCCGCCGAGAACAGCGAAGACGAAGACGAAGAUGAAGAUGAAGAAGAGGAAGAAGAGAAACCAGCGUCCAAGUCCCCGAAGUAG